AUGCGACGCGCAGGAGUCCGCAGAUUUCACAUCCCAGCGAGGAAGUGACGGUCCGAACCACGAGCAGAACCUCGGAUUGUGGCGAGUGCGGAGGGAGACAGGACAGGCCGCUGCCACGGGGGGCGGGCGCGCGACAGACAGGCUCAGAGCCAGGUGACGUGACUGACGAGGGUUCGAGUCCUGGUAGGCAAAGCAGAAGAAGUCCGUCCAAACAACACUUUCAGGUCGCUUCAUCCACAAGGAGCUGUGUACUGUCCGCCUCGGUGACAGCGUGAACGUGACAGGGUGAAAGUGGGAGGAGGGUUUUCGCUUCGACUUUUGUCCCUCGUUGCUCGCCACCCGCUUAAACCCGUACGUGGCAGAACUCGCAGCGUCCGCCGGAGCUUCCGACUCUUGUUCCGCAACCCGUCCAGCCUCACCGGUGAACUCGAAUCGAACCGAGCCGAGCCUAACCUUGCCUCCAGUCUCGAACCUCGCUCAAAUGUUGACCGUGUCGGAGCUGCUAGUCCUGGCGGCCGCGCUUUCAGCCACCGCCUCCGGCUACUUCGUUAGCAUCGACGCCCACGCCGAGGAGUGCUUUUACGAGCGGGUCAACUCCGGCACCAAGAUGGGUCUGAUGUUCGAGGUCGCCGAGGGCGGUUUCCUGGACAUCGACGUGGAGAUCACAGGUCCUGACGGGAAACAGAUCUACAAAGGCGACCGCGAGUCCAGCGGGAAAUACUCGGUGGCGGCCCAUAUGGACGGAAUCUACAAGUUCUGCUUCAGCAAUAAGAUGUCCACUAUGACGCCAAAGAUUGUCAUGUUCACCAUCGACAUCGGAGAGGCACCCAAGGGCCAGGACAUGGAGACGGAAGCACACCAGAACAAGCUGGAGGAGAUGAUCAACGAGCUGGCGGUCGCCAUGACAGCGGUGAAGCAUGAACAGGAGUACAUGGAGGUCCGCGAGAGGAUCCACCGGGCAAUCAACGACAACACCAACAGCCGAGUUGUGCUCUGGUCCUUCUUUGAGGCGCUGGUACUGGUUGCCAUGACACUUGGACAGAUCUAUUACCUGAAGAGAUUUUUUGAAGUCCGGCGAGUCGUCUAAUUGCUGUGGUCUGGCACAAAGACUGUUUCACAAUGUGGCGCCAGAGAAAGUGUGAUUGGCGCUCCCGGUGGUCGAAUAUGUUUUUCUUCACUGUUUCCUCUUUGUUUUGGUUUUUCACGUCACUUGUUUGUUGGGGAAUAUCCUGGGUUUGGGUCAUCACCUUGAUUGUAAACGGUGGGAUUCUAAUAAAGACUGAGGGACGCUGCACAAGCUUCUUGUCUGUGACCCGACAGGAGGUGAGCUGCUCCUCCAGGAGUUUGAACUGGGGAGCUGAGAGUUGAACUUUGACAUGACUUCGGAAACACUGGAGCGUUGCAGGGAGUCUGAACCAGCCACGGGUUUUUAGGCAGUUCUCGCUGGGUCUUCUCGGACAGGUGCUUCCUGUCAUGAUCCAUUUCCAAAGUUGUCCGAAGACUCGACGACAGACUGGAUGUGGAGCUUGUCAAGGAGUGCCGUGAGGGGGCACUGUUGCCAUGAGCUUGGGGUUUGUUGGUGUGUCUUCAGAAUGUAGGGAGGCACUGCCCAGAGUUCUGGACUUUGUAGCGU